UACUGUGCGAGCUGUGAUUGGUCACAGCUUGUCACAUGGUACAAGGCUGUUGUGAAUAGCCUUGUACCAUGUGACCUCUGUGAUCAUUCACAGAUUUCACAUGUAGUAAGCAAUGAUGUCAGAAGUGACAUCUUGCUUACAACUCUGCAUGUGAUCACUGAUUGGCCAAUCAGUGAUCACGUGAUCGGGACCUCGUACAGAGGUCUUGUCCGACGAUUGGUGUUCCACUGUGUCCAGAGGCUGCACGCUCCCAGGAAGCAAGCACAAGCAGGGUGCAGGGAGGCUGUUUAUAAACGGCCACCCGACCCUGCACUGCCACCGUUUGCUGAAAAUUGCCCUGGUCAGGAAGGGGGUAAAAGUAUCUGGACUGGAAGUGGUUAA